AUGGCCGAUAAUCUCACAAACCAAGUUCGUGAUAUUGCACAUGUCUCAAAAGCUGUUGCUCGUGGUGAUCUCACAAAGAAGGUCAAGGUAGAAGUGAAGGGUGAAAUGUUGGAUUUAAAAAAUACAAUCAAUACCAUGGUCGACCAGCUCACAAACUUUUCUGCAGAAGUCAGCCGAGUCUCGCUUGAAGUAGGAGUUGAAGGCAAACUCGGUGGACAAGCCGUGGUAAAGAACGUUGGAGGUGCGUGGAAGGACUUGACUGACAAUGUCAACAUCAUGGCUGCCAACCUCACAACACAAGUUCGAUCCAUCGCUGAGGUGACUAAGGCGGUCGCUUUAGGAGAUCUGUCUAAAAAGAUCGACGUCGAAACACGUGGUGAAAUUCUCGACCUUAAGAAUACGGUAAAUGACAUGGUCAGCCAGCUCCGUGUGUUUGCUUCCGAAGUUACACGUGUUGCCAAAGAAGUUGGUACAGAGGGUAAGCUAGGAGGUCAAGCCAAGGUGCCGAAUGUCGAUGGUACAUGGAAAGAUUUGACAGAUAAUGUUAAUACGAUGGCCUCAAAUCUUACAACUCAAGUACGAUCUAUUAAGGUGGUCACUAAAGCCGUUGCCCUUGGUGAUCUCUCUAAAAAGAUCGAAGUCGAAUCGGGUGGCGAAAUUUCAGAACUCAAAAAUAUUGUCAAUGAUAUGGUGGAUCAGCUCCGUGUAUUUGCAUCUGAAGUCACGCGUGUGGCGCGUGAAGUUGGUACCGAGGGCAAGCUUGGUGGUGAGGCGUUCGUGCCCAAUGUUAGUGGUACUUGGAAGGGGCUUACCGAUAAUGUGAAUACAAUGGCUGCCAAUUUAACAACACAAGUCAGAUCUAUUGCCGAAGUGACCAAGGCUGUAGCCAAGGGUGAUCUUUCCAAGAAAAUUCAUGUAGAAACUAGUGGUGAAAUUCUUGACUUGAAAAAUACGGUCAAUAGUAUGGUUGAUCAACUAAAUGUGUUUGCUUCUGAGGUUACGCGUGUUGCCAAGGAAGUGGGCACAGAAGGAAAGCUUGGAGGACAAGCAUUUGUGCCUAAUGCCGUUGCACGAGGUGAUUUAUCCAAGAAGAUUGAUGUCGAGACACGUGGUGAAAUCCUUGAGCUCAAGAUCACAGUAAAUAGUAUGGUAGACCAGCUUCGUGUGUUUGCGUCUGAAGUCACGCGUGUAGCUCGUGAAGUAGGAACCGAGGGUAAAUUGGGCGGCCAGGCGACGAUAAUUGGUGUAGACGGGACAUGGAAAGACUUGACAGACAAUGUCAAUUUGAUGGCCAGCAACUUGACUGACCAGUUGAGAUCUAUUGCAGCUGUCUGUAAGGCAGUAGCACAGGGUGACCUUUCAAAGAAGAUUGAGGUUGAGGUACAUGGUGAAAUUGCCGAAUUGAAGACGACGAUCAAUACAAUGGUGGACCAACUCAGCUCGUUUGCUUCUGAGGUGAAGCGUGUCUGCAUGGAAGUUGGUACAGAAGGUAAACUUGGUGUACAAGCUCAAGUAGAGGAUAUCCAAGGCCUCUGGCGCGAUAUUACAAGUAAUGUAAAUAUCAUGGCCUCUAAUCUAACGACACAAGUUCGUGCAUUUGCUCAAAUUUCUGCUGCCGCUACCGAAAAUGACUUUUCAAGAUUGAUCACUGUUGAAGCUUCAGGUGAAAUGGACUCGCUCAAGACAAAGAUCAAUCAAAUGGUCAAUUCACUAAGAGAUGCUAUCCAGAAGAACAGACUCGCACGCGAGGCCGCUGAACUGGCAAACCGAUCCAAGAGCGAGUUCUUGGCUAAUAUGAGUCAUGAAAUCAGGACACCCAUGAACGGUAUCAUUGGUAUGACCUCACUUACGCUCGAAACAGAACUGACCCGUCAGCAACGAGAAAACUUAAUGAUUGUGUCCAGUCUUGCAAAUAGUUUGCUAAGCAUUAUUGAUGACAUUCUGGAUAUUUCCAAGAUUGAAGCAGGUCGUAUGACUGUCGAAUCCAUUCCGUUCUCUCUUCGAGCUGCUAUUUUCAGCGUACUCAAGACACUUGCUGUCAAGGCAAAUCAGAAGAAGUUGGAUCUAAUCUAUAACGUAGACUGUGCUAUUCCUGAUCAGCUGAUUGGUGAUCCUCUUCGACUAAGGCAGGUCAUCACCAACUUGAUUGGCAACGCAAUCAAGUUUACAAACAAGGGCGAGGUCUCAUUGGAAGCGCGUAUUGUGGAACUGAACGGCGAUGAUAUCGUACUGGAGCUUUGUGUAAAGGACACGGGUAUUGGCAUUCAAGAGGAUAAGCUCAAUGUAAUCUUUGACACUUUCUGCCAGGCUGACGGUAGUACAACUCGAGAGUAUGGUGGCACUGGUCUUGGUCUGUCCAUAUCUAAAAGUCUUGUUCAAUUGAUGGGUGGCGAACUUUGGGUAAAAUCAAUCUACAGCAAGGGAUCACAGUUUUACUUUACACUCAAGUUCAAGCGGUAUGCGAUGGAAGAGGAAGACGCACUUGAAAAGAUCAAACGAUUCAAGGGGCGAAAUGUACUUUUCCUUGACAGCUUGGGUGAUAGUAAGGACGUUGCCGAUAAGAUCGAGCAACUUGGACUUGUUCCCUAUCGAAUUACAGAUAUAUCUGAAGCAGCCAAGAUUGUGAGCAAGAACAAGCAAUCACCUAUUUUUGAUACUGUGAUUGUAGACAACAUGACAUACGCGGAAAAGAUUCGAGAGGCUGUUCACUUGAGAUACACACCCAUCAUAUUGAUCGCACCUGAAAUACUUCGCUUGAAUAUGAAGCUGUGUAUUGAUCUUGGUAUUACUGGUUACAUUAAUUCAUCCAUCACAAUUUCCGAUCUAGCCUAUACAUUACUACCCGCACUGGAAAGUCACGCGACUUUACCUAAUGAUUCGAAUAUGCCCAUGUCUCUUGACAUUUUGCUCGCAGAAGACAACAUUGUCAAUCAGAAACUCGCGGUACGAAUCUUGGAAAAGUUUGGUCAUAAAGUAGAAAUUGUAUCCAAUGGUAAAAUGGCAGUAGAAGCAUUUGAAAAUAGAAAGUACGAUUUGAUCUUGAUGGAUGUUCAGAUGCCUAUUAUGGGAGGCUUUGAAGCAACACAAAAGAUUCGUGAAAUCGAACACUUAUCAGGCGGUAAUUCCCAUAUUCCUAUUAUUGCACUGACUGCCCAUGCGAUGAUUGGUGAUAGAGAAAAGUGCUUACAGUCUGGAAUGGAUGAAUAUGUAACUAAGCCCCUCAGAUUUCCCGAACUGAUAGCUGCUAUCAAGAAAUUCGCUCCUCAAUCAGCAUAUGUCAUGACUUCAAAAAGUACUAAAAGAAAGACCUGA